ACGCGCAGCACCCUGUGUCGUCAGCUCUUACUUUUCCGCAUCUGUCUGGUUGUUCACUCGCUAACUUCAGCCAUGUUCCCCCCCGUUUAAUUUGCUUGACAUUUCAUGUAGCAGCUGGUCGUCUUGUGUGACAGUCGGACGGACGACUGUGUUACGUGCCGGUUCUCCUGACAGCCAGCAGCGUGUGUUGUUCCCCAUUCAGAAACGAGAGAAGAAGCACGCUAGCCUCUCGUAGCUAGCUAGCUAACAGCUGUUUAGCUUCCAGAAGAAAACGUCGCUGUGAGGCAGCCAACCAGCCACUGAGCUUCUAUGAGCUACGAGUAUCUGCCCCGAUCAGAGGAUGUAUCCACCUUCCAGAAAGGACUUCGUCUCUCUGACACUCAGUGAUCCGCACAGUCACACUUACAACAACGGCAAACACCGGAGACAGUCCUGCUGGAGGAAAUGGAAGCAGCUGUCUCGGCUCCAGCGAAGCCUCAUCCUGUUCCUGCUGGCUCUGCUGCUCAUAUUUGGACUGCUCUCCUAUCCCAGCAUCACAGAGCAGUGGAGAGGGUUGUCUGACAGGGAGGACUGGCUUGAGCUGAAUGACAGAGAGGUGAAAACCAUUCUUCCAGAUGUUAAGUCUGUAUUGGGUCAAGCUGCAGAUAAAGCUCCAGCUCCUGUGGCAGGGCCACACGUUGAGCCAGCUUUAGGUCCAGCUUUGAGGCCAGAUGUGGGUCCAGAUGUUGUUCCAGAUUCUGUGGUGGAGCCCAGAGAACCAAACAUCCCCAUUUUGGCUAAACCACCCACUAAGAAAAAGACAUUCCCAAAUAAGAGAGGUCCGCCGAGCCUGCAGAAAGAUGGAAACAUUUCAGAUACAGUCGGUGGGGAAAAGCAAGAGCAAGACGUGGUUCAAGAUGGCGAGGGUGAAGAGGAGGACAAAGAAAAGAAAAUUGUCAGCUGGAGAGGAGCAAUGAUUGAAGCUGACCAGGCCACAGAGCCCCCACCCUCGGCUGAUGAGAAAGAAGCUGCAGUGCCCCGAGUCCCAGCCAACCCCGCUAACACUGUUCCACUGGAAGUUUCAACUGGAACUACUGUGGACCGACUGGAGGCAGUACGUGAUGCCUUCAGGCAUGCGUGGAAAGGGUAUAAGGACUAUGCCUGGGGUCACGAUGAGCUCAAGCCCAUCUCCAAGUCUUUUGGAGAGUGGUUUGGACUGGGUUUGACGCUCAUUGAUUCUCUGGACACCAUGUGGAUUAUGGGCCUAAAAGAAGAGUUUGCAGAAGCAAAGAACUGGGUAGAGAAGGAGCUUUCCUUCAACAAGAAUGUGGACGUGAAUCUUUUUGAGACAACCAUCCGUGUCCUUGGGGGCCUACUGAGUACAUUCCAUCUAACAGGAGACCAGCUCUUCCUGGAUAAAGCUAAAGAUCUCGGGUCCAAGUUGAUGCCUGCCUUCAAAACUCCCUCAAAGAUCCCGUUCUCAGACGUCAACAUUGGGAAGGGAACAGCCCAUCCCCCUCGAUGGACAUCAGACAGCACACUGGCCGAGGUCACAAGCAUUCAGCUAGAAUUCAGAGAGCUGAGCCGCCUCACCCAGGACCCACAGUACCAGGAGGUUGCAAAUGAAGUAAUGAGGCUGGUCCACAAGCUGCCAGGAAAACAUGACGGCCUGGUGCCCAUGUUCAUCAACACCAACAGUGGCCAGUUCACCCACAAAGGAGUCUUCACACUUGGCGCCAGAGCAGACAGCUACUAUGAAUACCUUCUCAAACAGUGGAUCCAGGGAGGCAAAGCAGAAGACGAUCUGUUGGAGGACUACCUUCAGGCUGUGGAGGGAGUGAAAAAACACCUUGUGAGACAGACAGGGGCCAGCAGAUUGACAUUUGUUGGAGAGUUGUCCCAUAACCGCUUCAACCCUAAGAUGGACCACCUUGUCUGCUUCCUGCCAGGAACCCUGGCACUGGGGGCCCACAACGGCCUCCCUGGGGACCACAUGGAUCUGGCUGUGGAGCUGACGGAGACGUGUCACCAGAUGUACAAACAGAUGGAGACUGGUCUGAGCCCAGAGAUCGUACACUUCAGCCUGCAGGCCAGUGACGGCCGUGACGUUGUUGUCAAGCCUGCAGACAGGCACAACCUCCUGAGACCAGAAACAGUGGAAAGUCUUUUCUACAUGUACAGAUUCACUAAAGAGACCAAGUACAGAGACUGGGGGUGGGACAUACUGCAGAGCUUCAAUAACUACACCAAGGUGUCCGAUGGCGGCUACACGUCCAUUAACAACGUUCGUGACCCCGUCAACCCCGGGCCCCGGGACAAGAUGGAGAGUUUCUUCCUGGGUGAGACGCUCAAGUACAUGUAUCUGCUCUUCUCUGACGACAUGGAGCUGCUCAGUCUAGACAAGUAUAUCUUCAACACAGAGGCCCAUCCUCUGCCCAUAUGGCCCUCCCCACCCAAGUGAUGUCACCAUACAGGAGACGUCUGUAAAGAUUAGGCCCACAGAGUCCUGUUCAAUUCAAAGACUGUUACUGCUGCUCAGUCGAGCGCGUCUCUUAAUCAACUGUCCACGCUGGACUGCGGUGUUGAGCAGUAAAGCAGAUCUGUGCCGUCCACCUGUACUUUGAUACAUUUUCGUGUGAAAAUUAUUUUUUUUUUUAGUUUUUUGUUUUUUUCCUUUUUCUUUAUUUUUCCUAAGGAAAAGGUUUGUGUUAGAGCUGGUCUCUAAUGCAGAAAACUUUUUUUAAAUCAGUUGUGACUAGCUGGCGCUAACAAGACAAGACAGAAGAUAGUGUGAAGGCGUUGUUACUUUGGUGACUGGGGUAGUUCUUGUAUGUACAUGGUAACAACAAUCAUGUCUUCCCUAAGUUUGUCUUUGUGAGGCUGUGAAGGAGUCCACAGAUUCAUUCUGUUCAUUUACAGAUGUUUGGAGGUGCAGCAUGUUCAGCUGAAUUUAUAUUUAAACAGAAUUCUCUGGUGGAGAAAUCACAUAUUAUUUGUAAAAGUAUUUGCGUUGGCAACAUCCAGCGCACUUGCUUUAGUAUAAAAAUUAUAUAAAAAAAGUUGAGUUGUAACUUUUAGUCUCUUUUCAGAUGUCUGUCCCCCGUAUUGUCCCAUCUGCAGCUCCAGUGCAGUGUCCAGGGACCUGUUUCAGUUCUGAGGCCAGUGCCUUGCUGAAAAGCAAAUGCAGAGUAUUCCUAAUACCUAACAUGCAUGUCUUUAAUUUAAUAAAGACUUUUAAGUGUUGGGAAGUUAAUGGUUAGGAAGCUAGCCAUAACCCAGAAGCUACAGAAAUAGAAUCAUGGAAACCCUUAUUGGUGAUGUAUAAUGCAUCAGAGCCUGUUGUGUUGUUUGUGUACAGGCUUUACUCCGUCCACUGAGCUCGUUAGAUACUCAUUGCGUGUUUUCCAGACUCCCAUUUUCAGGCAGAAACAGAGUUUACCAGAUUAAAACACUGGCUUUAAUGAUUGUUGUCACCAAGAUGGGACAGUUAGAGAACUGUGAAGCCCCAGAAUGCAUUGCACUUAAAAACUUAAAAUGGAUUACUGGGUAUUACUGUAGCAGUGAUUAUUUCAAUACUGAAAGAUAACAAGUUAGAUAUGGUAAAGCUUACUGCGCAUUCACACCUUGUGUGUGUUUUUAAAGGGAAAUCUGGUUGUUGUUGUUUACUGAUGUUUUCAUUUAGUGUUGCAGUGACUGAGUAGUCAUGGGUUUUAUGUGGCCUAAAACUCUGAAAGUAAAACAUAUAAAGGUCUAAUGAAUGAAUAAGUCCUGAAUGAUUUCAGUCGCAGCUAUGCACACAGUGACGUUUUGCUUUAUUGAUGAAUGUAUUUGUUUUGUGGUUUUUAUUUUGUUUUACCUUUUGCCAUAGUGGAGCACUUGUCAGUAAGUGUGAAUACAUGCACUCUAGUUCCCCUGUUUGAGUCUCAUCACACUUGUUUUACAUUAUAUGAAGGAGCAUUAAUAAAGGCUGCCAUGCAGUCUUAACUUUGCAGUUGCUGUGGACUUCAGAUAAACCAACUCAGUACAUUACCAUUUCCUGUGUCAGGGACAAUAUACGUGCAGCCGUUCAUUCAUCCUCUUUCCACAGACAACUUGUUUAAGAAAUGAAGUUGAAUAGUUUUCUUCAUACUUGAAGGAUUUUGAUUCAUUGCUGUUUAGCAAUCCCUGACUCCCCGUCAGAUGUGAUGUUGAGCAGUGUGCAAGCGCUUGUUUUCCGUACGGUAACAUUGACAAAUCAAUUUGAAGGACAUAUCCGGUGUACUGUAGGAGCUGCUUUGGGAAUGUCUCUGUUAUUCUACUGUCACUUUCAGUUCUUCAGUCCAAAAAGGGUCCACAUUUCCCCACAAUUAAUGAUUUCAUGUUCAAGAUUUAAGGAUCUCCUUUUGCUAAUGAACUUCUCUUCUUACAGAGAGCCAUAUAUUGACCCACAUCAUUGAAUGUGCACUACAUUUGCCAAUGCUCUGCUGUGCCUAUUGAAAUGUAUAUUGUGCUAUCAGUGGUUUGGUUCAGUUUUUUAUUGCUGCUGUAUCAGUGGUGUUUGUUUGUGAAGUGCUACGGGUGAGCAUUAGAUUUAUGGCUUGUAUUUUUACUUUGGAUGUUUGGGUGACAAAACACUUUGGGUGUAAAUAUUUUGUGUAAAUUGUUUCUAACUUGUCUACUGAAUCCAACCUGCGUGUCUGAUUUUUAUUGAGCCCUUUCAUGUCACAUUAAGAUGUUCUGUGCCACGUUACAAAAGUUCUGUUUUUAAGCCAUUCUGUCCAUUUUUGUUUCUGCUCUUUUUAGGCUGACAUUUUCUCUGCUUUUCAUGACAAAUUUCAUGGUAAUCCAUCCAAAUGUGAACCUCAUGGUGGCGCUAGAUGAAAAGUCAGCAAAUCACCAAAGUCAUUAGGAAUUAUCUUCUGGGAAUCAUGGUAAAACAUUUCAUGGCAGUCAGGAGCAAAGUGGUCGACCACCGACUGACUAGGGUUGCAAAAUUCCGGGAAUUUUCAAAAUUGGAAACUUUCCAUUGGAAUUAACAGGAAUAAAUGGGAAUAAACUGAAUAUUUUUAAUAUUGCUUGUUAUAAUACUGUUAGUCUAUAACAGAGAACUUACAUGUAAUGUUAAUACAUAACCCAUUGCUAUUAACCUAUUUGGGUUAAUUGUAUUGUACGCAUAUAACCAUAACCACAGCCAUAGUAAAUCAAAGGCAGCAUGCUAGCUACCAUCAUAUGUUAAGCUGAAGGUCAGUGGUUUGGGCUACUACUUAUGGUGCUAUCCAUUUGUCUCGUAAAUCCCCCGCCCGAGUUGCUCUGACGCGAGAACGUGACGUCAUUGCCUGGCUUGUACCACUUAGAGCGUUCCAUUUGUCUUUGGGCAUUACGAGUUGGAAAGAAGUGCAGCAGCUGUGUUGUUAUUGUUUGUGACUCAUCUAAACAAGCUCAAUGUGAAAUAAUAAUAUGUUUUUCUACAGAAACACUAACAUUUCAAGUAAUUCCGUUACUGCAAGUCUUACAUUUCAAUAAUAUUUUGCCAUUCUGCCUAUUUCAAUUUCAACAAGUGCUGUGGCGUUUGUCUCGAGCCACCAGGGGCCACCAGGGGCCACCAGGGGCAGUGGCAGGUGAGUGUUAUUGUCAGCUACAUUAGCCUAUUUAGCAAACCAGCUAGAAAACAAAACCUUACAUUGUAUUACACGCACAGCAACACCGUGCAAUGCAUAAAUUGGUGACCGGACUAGAGCAGCAAUGUAAACAAGUGUGUAAGAGCAUUUAAAAUUGACAUUAAAACGACCAACGUAGAACAAAUACAAAGAAAAUACAUCUCAAUAUGGGCGCUGCCAUCUUUGUUUUGUGAGUCGUACGUUCCCCCUCCUUCAGCUCGGUGUACUGUGAGGAGCCCCGAGUGGGACGGCUGAAAUUACGACCAGAAGGCCGUGUGUCUCGGUGAAAUGUUGCGAGAUAGCUAGAUAGAAUUUGUUUAUAUUUAUGUUUGUAUAAGAUGGAGUUUGUAUGAAUUACCCAACUUUUCCAGUUAAUUCUCCUAAAUUCCCGUCAUUUCCCAUUAAUUCCCAUGAAAGUUUACAAAUUGGAAUGUUUCCAAAAUGCCCCAGCUUAUCUUUCCAUGCAAAGUUUCCCGAAAGUUUCCAGAAAUUUACCGGAAAAUGUCUGCCCCUUUGCAACCCUACGACUGACUGAUGGAUAAAACAGGACAGGUUUUAGCUCCUGUUUAGUUUCUGUAUUUGCCCACAUUCUGUAUAUGUAAAGCAUUUUUCUGGAGUAAAAUCCUGUGAGCAGCUGGUAUAAAAGACAGUUUAACACUUACGGAGACUGAUGUCUGAUAAUGAAGUGAUUUUCCAAGGUUUUUGCAAUCUCUUUUGCUCCACUCUGCUACGGGAACAAAUUAAAUAUCCUAAUUAAAAAAUACAUUGAAUAAAAGGCUUACUUGAUAUGAGAAGAACAUAUGUACUACAACUUUAAAUUGGUUCGUUCACAGUAUUUCAUGGUUUAUUAAACCAAUUUGAAUUCCUGGCGCAUAAGAAAUAAUGAUUAAAUGAGAGAUUUAUUACAGUCCUGUCUUAGGAAGGUGGAAAAAGAAAUGCAUUUAAAAUGUUUCUCUAUUAAGUUUGAGUGUUAAUGUGGCCCCAUUGGAACCAGCAGUGACCUGUAAAUGAAGAGUUACAGCGGUCAUUAGGUCCCCAUCUCGUGUAGACGGUUUGUGUGACUUCAAUAGAAUAACAAGGUACUUCUCAAAUAUGAUGCCGUCAUGUAAUAUUCCCAGCGUGUCCAUAUGCGAACGCAGCUACAGCUGCUUUGUUGGGAAUGCCAUUGAAAACUAAAGCCAAACUGAAUCACUCAGUGGAAACCAGCCAUACGUUCUUACACAAAUUCAAUUUGGUCUGACAAGUAUAACAUUCUCAGUUUAAUUAUAACUAAACCCUCCAUUCACACUUUAAAAGAUAAGCCUGGCGUAUCUCUAUAUUUGUCUUAUUGUCGAUAAACGCCACCAGAAGACCAAAACCAACAGUGAGCUGGUUCUUCUCUCAGUACUUUGUCUUCCCUAGCCUGUUUAAGGCACUUACUUCCGGGCCCAUUGGUUCCCACUGAAGAUGUAGAGCUUCAAAAAAUCUUUUUUACAAACAGAAUCAGAAAUACUUUAUUGAUCCCCGGGGUGAGAUUUGUUUCAUUACAGUUGCUCAAGGUGCUAAACAAGACAUCAGAGAAAUAAAAUGUUAAAAUAGGUAUUAUAAUAUCUAACAUUAUAUAUAGAAAAUAGAAAAAUGGAAAAAUUAAAAAAGAUAUAAGAGUCUGUAAGCAUGUACAGCCCAGUAAUUUCCCUAGCCAGCUGGGUACUGUAGUUUUUAAUAGAUCUUACACAAAUAGGGAAUAGAUUUAUCAAGGACUAUUUUCAGUGGCGGAUUAAUACACAUAGUGUGCUCUAGUGAGUAUUUCCAGCACAAUAAUUGAGCUCUAUGGAAGAGGGGAAAAGAUAUAUCAGGUUUUGGAUAUAGAGGCAGUACUGUAAUGGGAUUUAUUGACAAUAAGAAUAAGUGAUAAUCAGUGUCUCAUAAGACGAAGGUCACAGGUUUAGUCUCUUCCAAUUUUUAUGAUGCAAGUAGAGCAGUUUUGUUUGUACCUUGACCUGUAUUCAUUUUUUUUUUCUUUAUUGGUAUUGAAAAAGCACCAUAAACCUGAGAGUCGUACUAUGUUGUGUAUCCACAGAGGGAUAUAUUUAAUCUGUCAGGUCAGAACACAAACAUCAUCAGAUAAAAGACUCCACUACAUUCAACAACACCGAUACAGACAUAGUGAAUGUCAGCUUCUUUACACUGACUUGAAUCUCUUUGUAUAAUUGGCUGUUAUCUUCGGCAGAAAUCAGCCUUCAUGUCAGAUAUUCAUGAUCACUAUUUUGUGUUGAGAGACUGAUGGUACCAGAAAAGAUAAAAGACCAGGAAUGAGUCAUUUAGCUCCACAGUGAGCUCCCACAGAAGCUAUUUAAAUUCACUCUGCUUUGCCAUUUCACAUUCUACUUCACUGCUGAUUCUGCCACGUUAAAGAAAGAUAUUUUUAAAGGAAAUUGGGCAGUCCAGUCCAUUUUUUAUAUAUAAAACUGUACAAGUAGUAGAUUGACUCUUGAGCUUGUAUUGCAAAAUGUUAAGGUUUUUGAGACAAAUGGAGGGUGUUUGGAUUUUGAUGUACAGUAUCUGUUUUGGUACACAGCGUUUUGUCCUGUUCCACUCUCUCUUAUAUUAGCUGAUUGGCUGAAUCUUCCACUUGUAACGAUGAUAAUUAUUAUUAAUGUGAUUACUAUUGAAUCCAAGCCAUAGCAAAAUGACAACUCUACUACUACUACUAUUUUACAUGGAUGUGGGAGACUGAACGGCAGUUGUUCAUCAGUUUGUUGCCUGCAGAGGUUCCUGCUCCAGUGACUGUGACCCUGUGUCAGGGACAAAAGACAAGGAUCAAUACUGUUUUUGCUGGUGAAAUCGAUUAUUUGAGCCAUGCAAGGAAAAAAAAAACAUCUUGACACAGCGAAUGGCAAGUCGAUAACUCAUCUGCAUAUUUUGAUGACAUGCUGACAUGCAAGGUAUUUAUUUGAAUCUUUUAAUCAUUUUCCACUUUUUUUUAUAAACUUUUCAGAGCUGACAGUUUAAGCAGUUUCUUAUUUCUGUUUGUACUUUUCAUGGUGCUUUGUAUGAAGAGUUUUCUUUUAUUGAAUCCACGUUCACUGUACAGAUGACUGAUUGAGCACUUUGUAACUCAAGUUGUGGCUUAAUGCAAUGUUCUCCGAAUUUCAAAUUUCUCCCUGCCAACUCAAUUUUUAAAUAAAGCUUUUCAGUGAAA